UUGCCUCAACUUGGAUCACCCUAGCAUUACUCGUGCACGCGGGCACAUGGACGCGCGUCAUAAUAAGCAACUUGGUCACAGCCAAGUGGGAAUAAAAUGUCUUUAAAUGAGAGGUGUGAGUUCUGAUUGGCUGUCAGCAGGCAGGACCACUUAAAUCCACGGCCCCCCCCCUUCCUCCUCCAAAACCCCCAAACCCCUCCUCACCCCCCCGCAUAUAUGAGGACACCGCAGCUCUUUUUGGACUCAUCUGCCGGACCGAGUCCAGCUGCGAGUCCAGCUGGGAGUCUCUCCACAUCCUGCAGAAGAUACACCGAAGAGGAACCGCCUUUAGAGAGCACGGAGCCCGAGAACAACUAUGAUGCUGCCCUUGUUAAUCCUUCAGCUGGUCCUGGUGCCAGCUCUCCUGGUGGCCGGUGAGGACUACUGGGACUCCUGGGGUGCAUACGGACAAUGCAGUCGAACCUGUGGUGGUGGAGUGAUGAUCAGAAGCAGACGCUGCAUCACUCAUCGUACCGAUGGAGGACACAACUGUGUGGGACCAGAGAAGUCUUACCUCACAUGUAACACUGAGGACUGUCCAGAGGGAUCCAGGGAUUUCCGCGAGGAGCAGUGCUCUCAGUUUGAUGGGGAGGACUUUAAGGGGACUCGGUACACCUGGUUGCCGUAUUACGGAGGUGAGAACCCCUGUGAGCUUAACUGCAUGCCAAAGGGAGAGAACUUCUUCUACCGCCACAGCGCCACCGUGGUGGACGGAACACUGUGUCACCCCGGCCGCAGGGACAUUUGCGUGGAGGGAGUCUGCAAGCGUAUGGGCUGUGACAACAGGUUAGAGUCUCGGCAGCAGGAGGACCCCUGCCUGCAGUGCGGGGGCAAUGGACAGUCCUGCUCCCUGGUCAAGAGGACCUUCUCCGCGCAGUACCUGAGCCACGGCUACAACCAGAUGUUCACCAUCCCUGCUGGAGCCACCUCCAUCAGCAUCAGAGAGACCGUGCCCACACGCAACUACUUUGCCAUCAAGAACCUGCGUGGAGACUACUACCUGAACGGCCACUGGUCCAUUGAGUCCUCCCGGGCGACCAAUAUUGCCGGCACCGUGCUCUACUACCAGCGAGCUGCUGAGGGCGACUCUCACACUCCUGAAACCAUCCUCGGCCGUGGACCCACCACGGAACCUCUCAUUGUGGAGCUGAUCAGCCAGGAGCACAACCAAGGAGUGCAGUACGAGUUCUACGUUCCCGUGGGACGACCCAGAGAGGGAUACACCUGGAGUUUCGGCUCGUGGUCCGCCUGCAGCAGCGAGUGUGGAUCAGGCUACCAGUCUCGAACAGUCUACUGCACCAUGGACAACGAGGCCUCCCCCGACUAUCUUUGUGCCUCUAUGGCCCGGCCCGAGAGCAACAGAACCUGCAACGUACAGGCCUGCCCAUCCACCUACAGCUGGAAAACCGGCCAGUGGAACGCCUGUUCUGUCAACUGCGGCGGAGGUUCCCAGGUGCGCAGCGUGCACUGCAGCUACCACGAUGGGUCAGCACCCCGGACCGUCCAGGACGCCUACUGCGCCCAGUACUCCCAGGCCCCGGCCUCCACGCAGAACUGCAACAUGCACCGGUGUGAAGAUGAUCACGUUUCAAGACUGAACAAGAUCAGCUGGCACGUCAGCGAGUGGGGCCUGUGCUCCAGCAGCUGCGCCGGCGGCUCACGAGAGCGUCAGGUGGUCUGCUCAGACCGCGAGGGCAACCGCUACCCUGCCGAGCGAUGCCACCCUCAGGCUCUGCCGGCUGCUGUGGAGAACUGCAACAACCAGCCAUGCUACCUCCCUCAGGCCGUGCCCAGCUAUCACGAUCGCAGAGGAUUCCAAAGCUCCCGCACUGGCCUCCAUCCUUACAAGCUCGAGCACGGUGGCGACCACAACAAGGCACUCCACUGCAGUGAGUCUUAUUACGGCUGCUGCCCCGACGGCGUGACCGAGGCUCUGGGCUACAACGAUCAUGGCUGCAACCAACCUGCUCUCAUUACCUACCUGCCCUCUGAGAACGCCGUCGAGUGCCGCACCACCACCUAUGGGUGCUGCUAUGACCGCGCCACACCUGCUGCCGGGCCCAACGGAGAGGGCUGCCGCGACCCCCCCAGCCCUUAUGAGCGCUCCACCUGCUCGCUGCCAAAAGCCGCCGGUUCUUGCGCCAGCUGGACCGCACGCUACUUCUACGAUGUCCUCACCUCAAAGUGUACGCAGUUCUGGUAUGGAAGUUGCCACGGAAACAGCAACAACUUCGUGACGGAGGCCGAGUGCCAGAGGGUGUGCGAACUGUCAAACGGAAAUGGCUACAAUGGAAACGGUGGCAACGGAAACGGUGGCAAUGGAAAUGGCAGAAACGGAAAUGGAGGAUCCAAUGGAAACGGAUACAACGGAAACGGCCGCGCCAACGGAAACGGCGGCAAUGGAAAUGGACGCGCCAACGGUAAUGGCGCCAAUGGAAACGGCGCCAAUGGAAACGGCGGCAAUGGAAAUGGGCGCGUCAAUGGAAACGGUGGCAAUGGAAACGGCCGCUCCAACGGAAACGGCGGUAACGGAAAUGGACGCUCUAACGGAAAUGGUUACAACGGCAAUGGUAGAAAUGGAAACGGAAACGGUGGCAACGGAAACGGCUACAAUGGAAACGGUGGCAACGGAAACGGCCGCAAUGGAAAUGGAAACGGUGGCAACGGAAACGGCCGCAAUGGAAAUGGAAACGGUGGCAACAGAAACGGGAACGGAAACGGCCACAAUGGAAACGGAAACGGCUACAAUGGAAACGGUGGCAACGGAAACGGCCGCAAUGGAAACGGGAACGGAAACGGCCACAAUGGAAACGGAAACGGUUACAAUGGAAACGGUGGCAACGGAAACGGCCGCAAUGGAAACGGGAACGGAAACGGCCACAAUGGAAACGGAAAUGGCAACGGCUACAAUGGAAACGGCCGCAAUGGAAACGGGAACGGAAAUGGCUACAAUGGAAAUGGUGAGCGCUCCAACGGAAACGGCAGCAAUGGAAACGGCAGCAAUGGAAAUGGUGGCAACGGAAAUGGCCACAAUGGAAAUGGCAACGGAAAUGGCCACAAUGGAAAUGGCAACGGAAACGGCUACAAUGGAAACGGUGAGCACUCCAACGGAAACGGCAGCAAUGGAAAUGGUCGCUCCAAUGGAAAUGGUGGCAACGGAAAUGGCCACAAUGGAAAUGGGAACGGAAACGGCUACAAUGGAAACGGUGGCAACGGAAAUGGCCACAAUGGAAAUGGGAACGGAAACGGCUACAAUGGAAACGGUGGCAACGGAAAUGGCCGCUCCAAUGGAAACGGUGGCAACGGAAACGGCUACAAUGGAAACGGUGGUAAUGGAAAUGGCCUCUCCAAUGGAAAUGGUGGAAACGGUAACGGCUACAAUGGAAAUGGUAACAAUGGAAAUGGCUACAAUGGAAAUGGCGAGGGCUCCAACGGAAACGGCGGAAAUGGCAAUGGUCACAACGGAAAUGGCUCCAACGGAAACGGCUCCAACGGAAACGGCUCCAACGGAAACGGCAGAGCAGCUUCAAGCGCGGCCAGAAACGCCCACAAAGCCAGACUCUACCUGAAAAUCAAAAAGCCUUACUAUGUCACUGCUGCUCACCACCGCCUAGUAGGGAGUGCCAGUUUGACACUGGCCGCCGUGACCAUCGACAAGUCGGACCCGGCCUCCGUGGAGGCUCUGGUGGGCCAGAUGGUGGUGCUGCCCUGCAGAGUCAACCCGCUGUCAUCCAGUGUGCUGGUGGAAUGGAGGAGGGAUGGCGCUGCAGUGUCUUCACGCAGACAUCAGCAGCAGCCUAAUGGAUCGCUAUUGCUCGGGCCUCUCAACAAGUCCGACUCGGGUUGGUUCCUGUGCGUGGCCACCAGGGAGCGGGAGCGCGACCACCGCUACGUCUACCUCUCUGUCUCAGAAGGUUCGUCUGAGGCACUUCCCACCUCCCUGCCCACAGACGCCCCCUCUCCAAGCUUCAGCAUCGAGCGGUCGUCCUCAUCAUUGCUGGAGACGCGAGCGGGACAAGCGGCCAGACUGCCUUGCACCAUCGUCCCCGCCUCAGCUGUCAAGUCCGUCAACGUUGAAUGGACGCGAGACGGACGCCCCUUGAGCGACUCCAGGUUCAUCCAGCAGUCAAACGGUGGACUCCUCAUUGAACCAAUCAAGUCAGAGGACGCUGGAGUGUACACCUGUACCGCCUCCACACGCCUUCAGCUGGAACAGAGACGUGUCCAGCUCAGAGUUCAAGCUGACCUGCGAAUCACCACAGCUCCUACCAACAUCCAGGUCCCUGAAGGCAGCACAGCCCAGCUGCCCUGUGUGGUGUCAGGGGACAACGUCAGCAUCGGCUGGUCCAGAAACGGCGUUCCGGUGCGUCCGGACGGGCGCAACAUCCAGGUGUCGUCCGAGGGCAGCCUGAUCCUGAAUAACGUGCUCGUGUCGGACGAGGGCACCUACACGUGCAACGCCUAUACCGGCAUCUACUCUGUGAGCGCCUCGGCCGACAUAACGGUUGCUAAAGACACGCAAGCAGGGGUGGAGGUGGUGUCAGAGUGCGUGGACCAGCCUGAUCUGGCCAACUGCGAGCUGGUCGUCUACACCCGACUUUGCUCCAACCAGUACUACGCCAGCUUCUGCUGCGCCAGCUGUGCUCGCCAGACGCAGAGGAACGACAGGUUUGGUCGCCUCGGGUGAUGCUUGUGCUGCUAUGAGAGGGAGGUGUUUUUAUGUACUGUAUUAUAUAUGGUUUUAUAUAUUGGUGACCUCCACUAGUGGGACACAGCAGCAGAGUCCAAUUAAGGUUACGUUGAAGUCAAAUGAUUUAUUAUCACUGGCCACUUGGGGGGCCCUCGCAGCAAGCGUGGGUCCCUCACCUUCUUCACCUUGUGCAUGAAUCCGGCCCUGCCAUCACUUGUACACGCAUGCUGCUUGAUGCAUUCCAUUACACUGAAUUGAAGCAAAUAACUCUUAGUUUUUAUUCACUGGACGUAGAAAGUCUUAUAUUGUCAUUUCAUAUUGUUUAUCUUUGUAAUACAACAAUG